UGCGUGGUACGUUUCUAGGUGAAUCAAAUCGAAAGGCAGCAUCAUUUUAGCAGGAAAAGAGAGAGAAAUAAUGGCACUGAGAGCGGCCGUACUUCGCCAUCUCCGGAUCCCCGUUCAAAGGCUAGCCGUAGCGGCACCUAAUCCGCAGGCAUGGAGUUUGCGUGGAUCAAUGAGGUUAAUGUCAUCCCAUGACGAUCAUCUCACCAAGGAACAGGUCGUCCAUAGAGUCCUUGAUGUUAUCAAGAGCUUCCCUAAAGUCGAUCCAGCCUCGGUGACUCCUGAUGUACAUUUCCAGAAGGAUCUGGGCUUGGAUAGCUUGGACAAUGUGGAAAUUAUAAUGGCUAUUGAAGAAGAGUUCAAGCUCGAAAUUCCAGACAAGGAAGCUGUGAAGAUUGAUUCAUCUGACCUAGCUAUUGAGUAUGUUUAUAAUCAUCCAAUGGCUUCUUGAUUUGGAUAUGGGGUUUCUUUCCAUGAAUUUUGUUGGAAGCCAUGGUCUUCUACUUUGUUCUUGUGACUUAUUGGACGUCUGUAAUGGUAUGGAAAUAAUUUAAAUCUAUUUGAUGAAAGAGUGUCAUUGGCGGAACUAGCAUGACUUGUUACCGCUUUUACUUUGAAUGUUUUUUAUGAACUCCUCUGGUUCAAGUCAUUAGGAUGCCCAAGUUUGCCUUUAGAUGGUCAAUUGCAGGGUUAGUCCAUGCCAUAUGCAAUAAAUGAAAUUGUAAUUUUGUGCA